AUGUUAAAUCUUUCCAACAGAUCAAGUCAUCUCAGACAUCUUCGACUCGUCGAGUGUGGUAACAUUGUUGGAGGUUUGACUGCAACAUCCAAGAACUUCCCAUUGCUGGAGGAGUUGCACACUCACUUGACCUUAAUUACUAAAGAGAAUAUAGAAAGUGUUGGUCGUGAUUGCUCUCUACUUAAAUCAGUUACAUUGAACGCCGGUUUAUGUACUUUGUUAGGAGAUUCACUAUCUCCAGAUGAUGGUCAAAGGUUAUCUAUUGCUACAAGUAUGCCUGAAUUGCUGAAUCUUUCACUAAUUUUGAAUCCCUUGACAAAUGUUGGACUUCAAGCCAUUUUGGAGGGCUGUCCAUACCUUGUAUCGCUUGAUUUGCGUCUUUGUAAUAUUGAUCUUGAAGGGGAUUUGGGAAGAAGAUGCAGACUACAUAUAAAGUAG